CCUCGGUACGGUUCGCGUGUCACGCUACCGCCAGUAUAAAGUUAAAGCGUGCGUUUUUCAGUUCGUAUCGUGUGCGCGUGUGUUUAUCAAAUUUCGGAAUAAGUCUUCGGACAAAAACUAAGUGUGCCCUUUUAGUGAAUUCUGUGUGCUUAGAAAGUGUGUUUGACAGAGUGUUGCCACGGAUUCGACAGGUGCUUUUGCGUUUUGGAUAGGCUUCGUACACACGUUGAAAAGGGGCGCAGCAUGUGCCCGGCGCUGGGCUUGGCGCCGCACCCCAAUUCAGGAUUUUCAACCUUGAGUACCUACCGAACAAUUAUCCGCCGUCCAGAGCCGAUAAAUACAGGGGUGGUUCUGAUAUACAGAAGAGAAUGACUCAAAGGGAAGAUACACUGAGGUUUGAGCAGGGCCGUAUUAAGGCCCUGCAGGAGGAACGUCUGCAUAUACAGAAGAAGACGUUCACUAAAUGGAUCAACUCGUUCCUGUUGAAGGCACGUAUGGAAGUGGACGAUUUAUUUACGGAUCUAGCGGACGGCAAGAAGUUACUAAAACUGCUGGAGAUCAUCUCUGGCGAACGAUUGGCUAAGCCUAACAAUGGUCGCAUGCGAGUACACAAAAUCGAGAACGUGAACAAGUCCCUGGCGUUCCUUCAUACAAAGGUUCGUCUGGAAAGUAUAGGCGCAGAGGAUAUAGUAGAUGGAAAUCCAAGGUUGAUAUUGGGUUUAAUUUGGACUAUCAUCUUAAGAUUCCAAAUUCAAGAGAUUGAGAUUGAUGUGGAUGAAGAAAAUGAUAGCAGUGAAAAGAAAUCAGCCAAAGAUGCUUUGCUACUCUGGUGUCAAAGAAAGACUAAUGGGUACCCUAGUGUUAAUAUCCAAGAUUUCACUGGAUCAUGGAGAAGUGGCCUUGGUUUCAAUGCUCUUAUCCACGCUCACAGGCCAGAUCUCGUUAAUUGGUCAGAAUUGCAGCAGAACAAAAAUAUUGAUAAUCUUAAUUAUGCCUUUGACGUGGCCAAUUCAGAACUUGGAAUUCCACGAUUAUUGGAUGCGGAAGAUGUUGACACUGCCCGACCUGACGAAAAAUCCAUCAUCACUUACGUCGCUUCUUACUACCACACCUUCGCCAGGAUGAAAAACGAGAUCAAGAGUGGGAAGAGAAUUGCGAAUAUCGUGGGGCAGAUGAUGGACGCUGAUAAAAUGAAGAUCCAUUACGAAAAGCUAACAACAGACUUAUUAGAAUGGAUCAAAAUGCAAAUAGGGGUUCUGGAAAAUAGGGACUUCCCCAAUUCCUUAGAGGGCAUUCAGAAGGAGUUGUUAACUUUUAAGCAAUACCGAACGGUGGAGAAACCACCAAAAUAUAAAGAACGAUCAGAAAUAGAGGCUUUGUAUUUCCAUAUAAAUACACAAUUAAAAUCCUUGAAUCAACCUGCAUUCACACCCCAAGAGGGUCAAUUAGUACACGAUAUAGAAAGAAAUUGGGUAGAGUUAGAACGAGCUGAACAUCGUCGAGAAGUCGCUCUCAGAACUGAACUUCUUAGACAAGAAAGACUAGAGCAGUUGAAUUAUAAAUUUGAACGAAAAAGUGUACUAAGAGAAGGCUAUUUGAAAGAAAUGAUCCAAGUUCUAACGGAUCCUAGAUACGGUAGUAAUUUGGCCCAAGUAGAUGCUACAGUAAAGAAACAUGAAGCUAUUAGUGCAGAUAUACUCGCUCGGGAAGAACGCUUCCACGAUUUGACUAACAUGUCAGAGGAAUUAGUAAGAGAAAAUUAUCACGGAUUAGAAAGAGUACAAAUUAGAGAACAGGAAGUACUCCAAAGGUGGAAGGAGCUUUUGGCUCUCCUUGACCAUCACAAAUCUAACUUAGUUGCCUUAAGUUCUCUUAUGAGUCUUAUGCGAGAGAUUGACACUACUUUGGCUUCUAUUCAAGAGUUACAACUAAACUUCCAGAGUACCGAUGUUGGUCCACAUUUAUUGGGUGUUGAAGAUUUAUUACAGAAACACAGUUUACAAGAACUACAAGUAACAGCUCUUGGAGAAACCCAAAGAAGAUUGGGUAGACAAGCAGCUCAACAUUUAGCACAACCCCAGAGUAAAGAAGUAUCUUUGCUGCAACAAAAAUUAGAAAUGUUGAAUCGAGCUUAUGAUGACCUAGUAGAAUACAGCAAAGAACGUAAGGCUCGUCUAGAAGACGCCAGGAAUUUCUUCCAUUUCCUUCAAGAUCACGAAGAUGAAGAAUCUUGGUUGAUCGAGAAACAGCGCAUUUGCAAAGCUGGAAUAUCGGCCAAGGAUCUUCGUGCUGUAAUUUCGUUGCAACAAAAACAUAAAGCUCUUCAGGAUGAAAUGAAAGUACGGAGGCCAAAAUCUGAACAGCUUUGCGAUGCUGGUAGAAAGUUAAUAGCUGAUAAUCAUCCUUCAGCUUUGGAAAUUCAAAAUCGCAUUGAUUCGUUACAAGAACAUUGGAAGGUCUUGGAAGAGUUAGCAGCUCUCAGAAAGAAACAGUUAGAUGAUGCAGCAGAAGCUUUUCAAUUUUAUGCAGAUGCAAAUGAGGCGGAUUCCUGGAUGAAUGAGAAGAUGGCACUUGUGGCCUCAAAAGAUUAUGGCGUUGACGAACCCAGUGCCCAAGCGCUUCUUCAAAGACAUAAGGAUUUGGAAGGGGAACUGAAUGCAUAUAAGGGCGAUGUACAGUCAUUAAACAUGCAAGCUGAGAAACUUAUUAAAUCUGGAAUUUCUACCCUUGAAUUGUCUGCCGAUCCGGAACCUGUCGCAGAAUUGGAACAAGAAGAAUGGAGUAAAGAAAUAAGACUAGUUCCUCAGGAUGAGUGGGUAGACGAAGUUGUAGAAAGACUAGAACCUAGAACAGUUCUUGAAGACAGAUUGGUGUCCCAAGUAAAGAGUUUAUACGCAUUCAGUGGUCAAGAUAUACGCAUGGUAAGGGGCGAAGUAAUGUUUCUAAUAAAUAAAACAAAUUCUGACUGGUGGAGUGUCAGAAAAGCAGAUGGCACCGAUGGGUUUGUGCCAGCAAGAUAUGUUACUGAAUUAGAACCCAAAGUGAUACAAGUUCAGGUCCGAAGGCCGGAAAAAGUUAGGGUAACGCAGAGAGUAAAGAAAACGAAAAUGGUUAAACAGUUAGUUCCCGUGAGAAGAGUGAAGUCUAUAAAGUCAACAGUUAAACCAGUUAAAAGAAAGACGGCUUCUGACGGAGAUAGUGUGGAAAAACGACAGAAAAAGAUCAAUGACACUUACAGUGAGCUUCAGGAAUUGGCAUUAAAGCGACAUGCAUUGUUAGAGGAUGCUAUAAGACUUUAUGGCUUCUAUCGGGAGUGUGAUGACUUUGAAAAGUGGAUUAAAGAUAAGGAAAAGAUGUUGAGAGCUGAUGAUCCACGUGACAAUGUUGAAACUGCUAAAAGAAAAUACGAAAAAUUUCUUACGGAUCUUUCAGCGUCAGGAAAACGAGUAGAAGCUAUAGAUGCUGCCGUUGAUGAAUUCGUCAGACAAGGACAUAGUCAAUUGGAUAAAGUCAAGGCUAGGCAGAGGUAUAUUCAUCAACUAUGGGACCACUUAAACCGGUUAAAAACACAAAAAGAAAAGAGCCUGGAAGGAGCUUCCAGCGUGGAAUUAUUUAACAGAACUUGUGAUGAAGCUCACGAUUGGAUGUUGGAAAAAAUUACGCAAUUGGAUACUGCAGAACUUGGACCAGACCUUAAAACAGUGCAAGCUCUACAGAGAAGACACCAACACUUGGAAAGGGAGCUUGCACCAGUCGAAGAAAAAGUACGGAAAGUGAACUUGUUAGCAAAUAGUGUGAAAAGUUCUUAUCCGCACGAAUUAAACAACGUGAAUGCCAGACAAAAUGAAAUCAAAGAACUUUGGAAUCAAGUUCAGACAAAGGCUAAAGAACGUAGAUCCAGAUUAGAAGAUGCUGUGGGACAACAGAUUUUCAUGAAUAGCUCAAAAAAUUUAAUUAAUUGGGCUGCAGAUAUGCAAGAAACGAUGAAAGUCGAGGAACCUGUUAGGGAUGUUACAACAGCUGAACAACUUAGAAAACACCAUAUGGAGCUUGGAGAAGAUAUAAGAACUCAAGAAGAUGAAUUUCGAGAGGUUGAAGAACUUGGAAACCAAUUAUUACAUCGAAAUCCAGCACUGGUGGAUGUGGGUGAACGGUUAGAUAAGUUACAUGGUUUGUACCAAGCUGUAACAUCAGAUUGGAUGGCAAAAGAAGCCUGGCUGCAACAAUGCCUAGAACUACAGCAGUUUAAUCGAGAAGCUGAUCAAAUUGAAGCUACCACUAGCUCUCAUGAAGCAUUCCUAGAGUUUACUGAGUUAGGAGAGUCUCUGGAUGAUGUUGAGGGUCUGUUAAAACAGCAUGAGAAGUUUGAGAACACACUUCACGCACAAGAUGAUAGAUUGAAAGCGUUUAGUGACACUGCAGACAAGUUGAUCGCUCAAAACCAUUAUGACAAAGAUUACAUUAACGAUAGAAGGAAUCAAGUCUUAGCUCGAAGAAACCAAGUUAAAGACGCUGCACAACGUCGUCGAGCAGCCCUGAAAGCCUCAGAGCACUAUCAACAAUUUUCAGCAGAGGUGGAUGACUUACGAGAUUGGUUAGGUGACAAGAUGAAGACAGCAUCUGAUGAAAGCUACCGAGAUUUAAAUAAUCUUGAACGAAAGCUUCAGAAGCACGAAGCGUUUGAAAGAGAAUUAAGAGCUAAUGAAGGGCAAUUAAGGGCAGUGAAUAAAGCUGGGAAAGCUUUAAUAUCUGAAGAAAACUAUAGAUCAGACGACGUAGGAAGAACUUUGAAAGAAUUAAAUGAUCAGUGGGAUCGAUUGGUUGCUUUGUCUUUAGAAAAAGGUCGCAGAUUGAGACAAGCUGCUUGCCAACAUGGCUACAACCGAACAAUGGAAGACGCCAGAUUAAAAUUGGAAGAAAUAGAAAGUUCUCUACAAAGCAAACAGGUAGGAGUGGAUCUUAGGAGUUGCAAGGAGCUGUUGAAAAAGCAUCAAACGCUUGAGAGCGAUAUGGGUCAGUGGGAGCAAAAAGUGGAUGACCUAGUUGCCAUGGGCGAAGAAAUGGCUCAUGAAGGUCACUUUGAUGCCGCGAAUAUAUUGAAAGCCAGUCAAGCGACGCAAAGGAAGUUCCGUAGCUUGAAAGAACCAGCCAAGAGGAGACGAGAAGCAUUAGAAGAGAGCCUACGAUUCCACAAAUUUGGUUUCGAAUUGGAUGCCGAAUUACAGUGGAUAAAAGAUCAUCUCCCUCAGACAUCGUCGACAACUCUCGGACAAAAUCUGCAUCAAGCACAAACAUUGCAUAAAAAGCACAAAAAAUUGGAAGCAGAAAUUGCUGGACACCAACCGAUGAUAGACAAAACUUUAGCUUCUGGACAGACUUUGAUUGAUCAGGCUCAUCCAGAGAAAAAGAAGAUACGAGAAUUGUGUGAUGUGCUCGACGAAGCAUGGAGGGAUUUACAAGAAAGGGCCGGAGAACGAAGUAAAGCUUUAGACUUAUCUCUAAAAGCACAGGAAUUUUUCUUCGAAGCAGGGGAAGUUGAAAGUUGGUUGAAUGAAAAGAAUGAUGUUCUCAGUUCUACCGAUUAUGGCAGAGAUCGCGAUGCCGCUACGAAAUUGUUAACAAAGCACAAGGCGGUAGAGUUAGAGUUAGAUACUUACAAUGGCAUCGUAACAGAGAUGGGACACACUGCUGCGACUAUGAUUAAUGCGAAACAUCCUGAUAGCAAAUCCAUAGCAAAUAAACAACAAGCAAUCGCCCAACAAAUGCGGGCACUGCAAAGAUUGGCUACAGUAAGACAACAACGUUUGAUGGAGAGCAUGUAUCGCCACGAAUACUUUUUAGAAAGUAGAGAAUUAGAACAGUGGAUCAAAGAACAAGAACAAGCGGCCGCCUCUGAAGACUAUGGCCAGGAUUAUGAACACUUAUUGAUAUUGCAAGCCAAGUUUAAUGACUUUAAACACAGAAUAGAGGCUGGUUCUGAAAGAUUUAAUCAAUGUGAAGAGUUAGCCAGGAAAUUGAUUGCUAAUGAAAGCCCUUAUAUUCAUGAUAUUGAGAAGCGACAAGAACAAUUAGGACUAGACGAUGAUGAUCCUGUAAGUCAAGUGCAGAAACGGCAUGCUCAUAUCGAGGAAUCUUGGCAACAUCUUCUGGGUCUCAUCCGAAAUCGUGAGCAAAGGUUACAAGCAGCCGGAGAAAUUCAUAGAUUCCAUCGGGAUGUAGCUGAAGCUUUAUCUCGUAUACAAGAAAAAGAAGCAGCUUUACCAGAAGACCUAGGACGCGAUUUAAAUUCUGUACUUGCGUUAAUUAGACGUCACGAAGGCUUUGAGAAUGAUCUAGUUGCUUUGGAAGCUCAACUCCAAGUUUUGGUUGAAGAUGCAUCUAGAUUACAAGCACAUUAUCCGGGAAAUAACGCAAUACAGAUUGAUCAACAGCAACAGAUCGUUGUUGCUCAUUGGGAAGAAUUAAAAGAGAGAUCUGCUCACAGAAGAGAUCAGUUACAAGCAAGUUGUGAUCUUCAACGAUUUUUUACUCUAGUGAGGGAUUUGAUGAAUUGGGCUGCUGGACUUCGUGCUGCAAUGUCAACAGAAGAUAAAGUGAGGGAUGCAGCAAGUGCACAAAUCUUAAAGACAGAGCAUAAAGCUUUGAAAGGAGAAAUUGAGGCGCGAGAAGAUAGCUUUAGUUCAGUUCUCGAUUUGGGCGAAGCUAUGGUCCAAACUGGUCAUUAUGCUGCUUUAGAGGUUGAAGAAAAAUGCAAUCAGCUAUUAGAUGAGAGACAAAAAUUAUACAUUGCUUGGCAGCAGAAGAAAGUACAUUUGGAUCAAUUAAUAGACCUGCACUGUUUCUUACGUGAUGCUAAACAGUUGGACAAUUUGUCAAGUACUCAAGAAGCUGCACUGAGUGGCGACAAUUUUGGCGACUCUGUUGAAGAAGUGGAUGCUCAAGUAAAGAAACAUAAUGAGUUUGAAAAGCUGUUAGUGACGCAAGAAGAAAAACUAAAUGCCUUACAAGAACACGGAGAUAAACUUCUAGCUCAGAAUCAUUUCGAUUCGCCUACGAUUGCCAGACGAUUAAGUGAAGUUGUACAAAGGCGAGCAAGAAUUCGAAAUCUUUGUGAUGCACGACAAAAGAGAUUAGAAGCUGAUUUGUUGCAUGCCCAAUUUGUAAGAGAUGUUGCAGAAGCUGAAUCCUGGAUUGGUGAAAAGCAGAAAAAACUCGAAGCUGAGGCAUCGAAAGGUGAAGUGUCGAGUUUGGAAGAUAAAAUCAAGAAAUUACAGAAACAUCAAGCAUUUCAAGCAGAAUUGGCGGCAAAUCAAAGUAGAAUCGAAGAGAUCAAAGCCAAAGGAGAAACAUUGCUGCAACAGAAGCACCCAGCAAGUGCUGAAAUUCGACAGCAAUUGGAGCAUCUUCAUGCAUCUUGGAGAAAAUUGUUAUUAGAAUCUGGAAAUCGUGGUAGAGGUUUGGAAGAAGCUCAGGAUAUUCUCGAAUUUAAUAAUCAAGUAGAGAAAAUUGAGGCAUGGAUAAGAGACAAAGAGAUGAUGGUACAGGCUGGAGACACUGGAAAGGAUUAUGAACAUUGUUUAAGUCUGCAGAGAAAGCUUGAUGAUGUAGACAGUGACAUGAGAGUAGAUGAUUCUAGAAUAAAGACUAUUAAUUCUCUAGCUGAUAAAUUAAUCAAACAGGGUAGGGACAACGAAUCAAAAGCUAUUCAACAACGUCGCGACAAUUUUAAUAACAAAUGGAAAGGUUUACAAGGAGCAUUGAGUGCUUACAGAGAAACGCUAGCAGGAGCUUUGGAGAUCCAUUUGUUUAAUAGAGAUAUAGAUGAUACCAGUCAAAGAGUCAUUGAAAAAUCAGUUGCCAUGAGUACUACCGAUGUCGGUAAAGAUCUACCUGCUGUUGAACAUCUGCAAAGAAAGGAAGAAGCAAUGGAGCGAGAUAUGACCGCCAUUGAAGGAAAAUUGAAAGAACAUAAAGUAGAGGCUAGAGAAUUGUCAUUGAAAUAUCCAGACAAGGCGUCCCAAAUAAAUGGAAUAUUAUCGGAAUUACAGUCAAAUUGGGAUGAUUUGCAACGCCUUACUCAACAUCGCCGUGAGGCUUUAAAUCAAGCUUAUACUUUGCACAAAUUCCAAGCUGACUUACAUGAGUUAGAACUUUGGGUGGCUGAUACCAUUAAACGUAUGGAUGAAUCUGAUCCACCAACGACGAUAUCUGAAGCCGAAGCUUUAUUAGAACUUCAUCAAGAAAGGAAAGCAGAAAUUGAUGGCAGACAAGAUACAUUCAAAGCCUUGAAAGAACAUGGACAAAAACUUUUAGCUAUUAAUGAAGAUAUCAGGGAUAGUUUGGAACACUUAGAAGAGCUUAGACUAGGAUUGGUCAAUGCUUGGGAGACUAGAAGACAGAAAUUAACACAAGCUCAUCAAUUGCAAUUGUUCAAGGAACAGGCUGAUCAAGCAGACAGCUGGCUAGCAACAAAAGAAGCAUUCCUGAAUAACGACGAUCUCGGUGAAUCAUUAUCUGGCGUAGAAGCAUUGUUACGUAAGCAUGAAGAGUUUGAGAAAAUGUUGGUCUCUCAAUUGGGUCGUAUUGAGGAACUAGAAAAAUUUGCUUUUGAUAUUUUAUCCAAAGAACACGCGGAUGCUAACGUCAUUAAACAACGAUUAACAUCUGUUUGUACUAGAAGAGAUAAAUUACAAAAUAGUGCGAGAGCACGGAGGAAAAAAUUAUUGGAGAGUCAUCAUUUGCAUCAAUUUCUUAGAAAUAUAUAUGAAGUUGAAGGGUGGCUUCAUCAAAAGCAACAAGUGGCCAGUGAUGAAAACUACAGAGAUUCAUCGAACUUGCAAAGCAAAAUUCAGAAGCAUGCUGCUUUUGAAAGCGAAUUAGUGGCAAAUAAAGGAAGAGUAGCAUCAGUAGUCAAUGAAGGUGAAGCACUAAUUGAGGAGAACCAUUACGCAUCAGAUAGCAUCCAAGAACGCCUAGAUGAAUUAGAAGCAGAAUGGCGUCUACUUCAAGAAACCAGUGAAUUAAAGAAAAACAGACUAAACGAUGCUUAUCAAGCUUUGCUCUUCGGACGAACUUUAGACGAAUUCGAGGCAUGGAUGGACGAAGUGGAAAUUCAAGUACAAUCAGAGGACCAUGGGAAAGACUUAUCUAGUGUCGCUAACUUAUUAAAAAGGCAUACAAAUUUGGAAAAUGACGUUCUAGGUCACAAUGAAGCUUGUGAAUCAAUUAAAGAAACAGCAACUAGUUUUCAAAAGUCUAAUCAUUUUAUGUGUGACGAGAUACAAGAAAGAGCAACGGUUACAAUAAAUAGAUAUCACAGUUUGCAAGAACCAAUGCAAAUAAGAAGGGAUAACUUGGAAGAUGCUAAAUUGCUGCAUCAAUUUGCAAGAGAUGUUGAAGAUGAAUUGCAUUGGUUAUCAGAAAAGGAACCUCUGGCUGCAAGCAAUGACUUAGGAAGUUCUUUGACCACUGUACAACGAUUACAAAAAAAACAUCAAGCUUUGGAAGCAGAAUUAAUUUCCAGAGAACCAGUAGUAACGUCUUUGAUUAGCAGAGCUACUGUUAUGGUUAGAAGCGGCCAUUUUGCGUCGGAAAAGAUUGAAAAAUUAUCACAAGAAUUGCAAGAUAAACUGUCACAUAUCAGAGAUUUAGCUAGUGUUAGAAAACUACGUUUACUCGAUGCUGUUGAAUCACAAAUGUUCUAUGCGGAAGCAGCAGAAGCUGAACAAUGGAUAAAAGAGAAACACCCACAAUUAGCUGCUACAGAUUAUGGAAAAGACGAAGAUUCUGUACAAUCAUUAUUGAAGAAAUUAGAAGAGAUAGAACGAGAUCUUAUAGGUUUUGAGAAUAUUAUCGAAAAUUUGAGGAAACUUUCACGUGGAUUGAUAGAAAGACAUCAUUUUGAUAGUAAGAAUAUUACACAAAAACAAAUGGAAAUUGAACAGAAAUUCAAGGAAUUGCAGAAAUUGAAGGAAUAUCGAUUCCAACGCUUGCGUGAGAGUGAGAAGUUCCUUAAAUUCAUUAGACAAGCAGACGAGGUCAUUGAAUGGAUUGGAGACCAAACAACCGUUGCUGCUUCGGAAGAUUAUGGUCGCGAUGUAGAACAUGUUGAGCUUCUUAUUCAAAUAUUUGACAAUUUUUUGGCUGGUUUAACAAUGAGUGAAAGUCGAGUAUCAGCACUGCUUGAUGAAGGACAAAAAUUAAUAGAAGAAAAUAAUCCAGAGAAAACUAAAAUAUUAAUGAAAAUUGACGAGACCAAGCAACAAUGGGAAGAUCUAAAAGAAUUAGCGCAUGCACGACAAGAUGCACUGGCAGGUGCAAAGCAGGUACAUAUGUUCGAUAGAACAGCGGACGAAACUAUUUCUUGGAUUCAGGAAAAAGAAACUGCCCUCAGUUCUGAUGGUUAUGGUCAUGAUUUGGAAACAAUUCAAGCUUUAGUGAGAAAGCAUCAAGGAUUUGAAACAGAUUUAGGUGCUGUUAAGGAACAGGUUGAACUGUUGAUGGAAGAAGCUUCUAGAUUGAUUGAACUAUUCCCAGACGCUCGUAUACACAUAGAUGUAAAACAUCAAGAAGCUGAAGCAACUUGGAACGAAUUAUUAGAGAAAGCAGCUCAAAGAAGAAGCAAGUUAGCACAGGCAGAACAAUUGCAGGCAUAUUUGGGUGAAUACAGAGACCUGAUGUCCUGGAUAAAUGAGAUGGUAGCCAAAGUAACUGCUCCUGAAUUGGCGCGUGAUGUGCCAGGUGCCGAAGCACUGAUAUUAAGACACAACGAGUACAAAGCAGAAAUUGAAACACGGAACGAGGCUUUCGAUAAAUUUUUUAAAACGGGUCAAGAAUUGAUAGAGGAAGGUCACUUUUUGGCAAAAGAGAUUGAAGAUAAAAUAUCUGCUCUACAACAUAGACAACAAUUCCUAAAAAAUACUUGGGAGAAAAGAAGACAUAUUUAUGAACAGAAUUUGGAUACCCAACUAUUUAAACGCGAAGCAGAAACACUGGAGAAUUGGAUCGUGAGCAGAGAACCUAUGUUACAUGAUGGAAAACUGGGAGAAAGUAUUUCACAGGUAGAAGAACUCAUAAGAAAGCAUGAGGACUUUGAGAAAACUAUUGAAGCACAGGAAGAAAGGUUCAGUGCACUUAGGCGUAUAACUAUGUUAGAAGAAGCAUUCCAAAAGCAGCAAGAGGCAGAAAUGGCCGCCAGACUGGCAGAAAAGGAAAGAGUAGAGCGCGCCCGCUUAGAAGAACGAAAACGUAAAGAAGUACAGAGGAUAACCGAGGAAAGGAAACGUGAGGAAGAACGAAGAAGACUACUGGAUAGUCCUCAUCGCACUAUACAUGAUGAAGUCAAUGGAAUGACUGAUGAUCAAGAGUCUAUUAAUAAACUGUCACCUCUAAAAGCUUCCACCACAUCUGAGGGCCUAGAUUCAACGCCAAUACAAAAACCACAUGGUUUAGCCCAUGUAUUUGGUGAAAAACUUAGAAGAACCACACCUGACAUCAAAAGGGCAGAGAGUAUGAAGGUUGACACAAAGAAACCGAAGAGGACACCUAGUUUCACGACCAGAAGAAGAACCCAGAGCUUUAGAAAACUUCAGAGGAUGGAAAAUAUGGAUGCCCUUCCACCAGUAGAAAUUCAGUGUGUACUAGAAAGGAAACACGAACUUCAAAGUGCUGGUAAAAAGGCAGCCGUACGUUCGUGGAAACAAUAUUACACGGUAUUGUGUGGACAACUCCUAUGCUUCUUCAAGGAUGUGGAGGACUUUACUUUGAGCAAGGCAGCCACUGCUCCUAUCACUAUUUUUAAUGCUAUAUGUGAGAAAGCAGAUAACUAUACUAAGAAGAAGAAUGUUUUUAGGUUGAAAUGUACAGACGGAUCAGAAUUUUUGUUCUUAGCACCAAGUCAACAAGAAAUGGAAGACUGGGUCAAUAAGAUAUCAUUCCAUGCUAAAUUACCUCCGAGCUUACAAUUAUUAAGUUAUGACGAAUCACAAAAAGAAGGUUUGGAAAGAUUACAGAAUGUAACUAUAGAUCAUGCUGAUGACAACGUUUCAACUGGUAGCAGUCACGCUUCGACUCCAGAAAUGGAACGAAAAAAUUCUGUAAUCAGGCGCGAUAUAUCGAAUCAACAUUCUCCGAGCAGCGUGCAAAUUGAGUUUCUUCAGAUGCACAGACAAAAUCAACAAAAACGCGAUCCACAAAAUAACACCGAAUUCAUAACUUCCCAAAGAAUGGAACCACCACAGACCCAAACAGAAUUCUUACAAAUGCAUAGACAACAACAAUUGUUGGCACAGCAACAACAAUUGAUACAACAAGAACAACUAGCAAGCCAGAGAGACCAGUAUCAACCAAAUUCUGGAGACAAGCCACCUAUUCCUCCAAGAGGUGCACCACCUCCAAUUCCAAUGCGAUCUCCUAGUUCAGAAACUAUCCCACAAUAUAGACGCGAUGACUUAGAACAAGUGCAAGCGAGGCCUAGUUUUUACCAACAACGUAGUGCAACGUUAAACCAUAACGGGUCCGGUCAAUACUCAUCUAAUGCGCCUUGGCAUAGGCAGAGUAAUGUGGAUCUUAGUACACAGCACCAAGAAUUAGCACCUCCCUUGCCAUCAAGUGCCCCUCCACCAACCAGAAUAGCUCAGUGGGGUGUUCCUCAUGAUCCUGCUUACGGAAACGUCCCUAUAAGUCCCAGACAGGGUAUGCAGCAAAAUAAUUCUUUCACAGGAAGACCAGUUUCUUUACCACCAUACGUGGCUCCGCCAGCAGUUCCACAAAAUCCUCAAAACCUCGCGAACGUAGAUAGUAGAAGAGCUAGCGAAAGUGGAUCAGAAAGUGAACACAGCAUGGGUAGUAAUCGUAAGGAUCGUGAUUAUAAACGAAGCUCUGUUUUAAGCAACUUAUUUGGCAGGCGUAAGAAACCUCAAUCGUAACCCUAUAGAUGAUAAUAUUUACGCUUAUACAGAGUGUGUCUGGAAUAGGCGUCUGAAUUUUUAUGGAACAAAGACGAGAUAUAAUUUCUUUAAAUCGGAAAAGACACGAGUACAUGCUAUUUCGUAGCAUAAUACAUGAAAGGAUUCCUGUAAAUUAUUUUUGUGUACCAUACAAAUUAUACUUUAUCGUUUACGUUAUUUAAUAACGUGUUGAGUUGAUCAUGU